AGUACCCACCAGCUAAUUGAUUAAUUGAUAUUUCGCCAAGAUCCGAUCCGAUCAUUCGUUCUCCAAUUCUCCAAGUAUCCAAGUCUUCGGGUGGAAGCGUUCAGCAAUCAAAUCAAUUCGAAACAUGGCUCACAUUGCAAAAAUCUUCGCCGGUCGUGCACAACAAGUGCUUCAGGUAGCUGCCAAGCAACCCCAAUUGGCCCCACGUUUCUACAGUGCCGCCGCCAACUUGGAAUUCAUCAAAACCGAAGUGACUGGUGAGAAUAAGAAUGUGGCCGUCAUCACUCUGAAUCGCCCCAAGGCUUUGAAUGCCUUGUGCAAUGGUUUGAUGAAAGAAUUGAGCGCCAGCCUUGAUGAAUUCGAGAGGGAUAGAAGCAUUGCCGCCAUUGUCAUCACUGGCAGUGAGAAGGCUUUUGCUGCCGGUGCCGACAUUAAGGAAAUGCAACCCAAUACCUACUCCAAAUGUAUCAUGGGUAAUUUCUUGAAUGACUGGACCCGUGUUGCCAAAUGUCAAAAGCCCAUUAUUGCUGCUGUCAAUGGUUAUGCCUUGGGCGGUGGCUGCGAAUUGGCCAUGAUGUGUGACAUCAUCUAUGCCGGUGACAAGGCCAAAUUUGGUCAGCCUGAAAUUGCUUUGGGCACCAUUCCCGGUGCUGGUGGUACUCAACGUUUGACCCGUGUCGUUGGCAAAUCAAAGGCCAUGGAAAUGUGCUUGACUGGUAAUAUGAUUAGUGCUGCUGAAGCCGAGAAGUCGGGUUUGGUCAGCAAGGUGGUGCCUGCUGAUCAAUUGGUUGCUGAAGCUGUCAAAUUGGGCGAAAAGAUUGGCACUCACUCACAAUUGAUUGUGCAAUUGUGCAAGGAAGCCGUGAAUACAGCCUAUGAAUCCACUUUGCAGGAGGGUUUGAAAUUCGAAAGAAGGACUUUCCAUGCUACCUUCUCUACGGAGGAUCGCAAGGAAGGCAUGACCGCUUUCGUUGAAAAACGCCCAGCCAAAUUCAACAAUAACUAAGAAGUGGUGAACAACCAAAGGGGUCUUGGAGCAACACAUUGUGUUGCAUACGGAAGAGAAGGAAAGGAAUUAGCAGUGUAACGCUUUACCAGUAAUGCAUUUAUGUAGUGGGAAAGAAAACCAAGUUUUCUUUCUAUAUCAUUGGGAAAUUGUAAAAAAAUAAGACUAUUUUAAAAGAAAAAAUAUAAAACAAGUGUCAUAGAAUCCAGAAAA